UGCAUCUCCUGUUGACCGGUCACACCCGUCAUGAGCCCUAUGUUUUGAUCAGGUAAACGAAAUAAUCCGUAGUUAAAAUCAAUGUGCCAAGAACGACUUAACAAUCGAUAUAUGUGAGGUCAUUAAAUGCGACGCCUCACAACGGCACACAUACAUCUAUCAUGAAAUAUGACGACGUGAAGCAUCGCAAUUCAUACGCUCAUGUAUUUUCAAAAAUGGAAUACAUUUCUUAAAUAAUCCCCAAAAAAUAGGUAAUUCCCAGAUGAUUAAUUUUAUUAGUAACAUUUAAAUAUAAGUGUUGAAUAACUGAUUGAGACGUAUACAAUACAAGAAUUUAAACUAUUCACUUGAUCUGCAGUUGAAAAUUUAAUGUGAUAACAUUUACCUAAUUCACCAUUUAAGAGGAAAGAAAUGCCUAACAGCGCAAAUAUUCACCAUGUCAGUAAAUUAAUUAAACUUUGUCACUUGCGACUGUAUAACAGAAGAUUUCUGCAAUAAUGAAUGUUAAUGAUGAAGUUUUUGACAGUGCAGGAAAUUUCCUAGUGCAUUAGUUUUGUAACAUCACUUAACGCAUAGCCUAUAUAUACAUAUCAGCUAACCGAAAUAGCUCUUCAGAUCUGUCUUGUGGGUAAACAAGUCUUACGCCUGACUCCCUGUGUCUGUGAUACAAACACAAUAUCGUUUAUCCUUAUUCUUCACGUGGUGGACUACGCAGGUUUUGUGAUUUUGUAUCACAAUACAGUACACAUUCGUUUGAAUCUUUCGGAUUUAGAUUUGUCGAAAUGAACAGGCUAAUUUUGAUUUUCUGGACUACGUUUCUCUACCCUGCAGAAUUCCGUAAACUUUGCCCAAAGUCUGUAGACAAGCCGCUUAGAUUGAAAGACCCGGAUGACUGUACAAAAUACCAUUUGUGUGUGGACAUGAGGGAGUUCAUCAUUACAUGUCCGGAGCAAUAUGUAGUUAGUGACCACUCCUUGAAAUGUGUCCCAGAGGGUUCAGUCUUCGACACCUGUCCCGCAGAAGAAAAAUGGCGCCGAGGUCUAUGUCUUCGCUUCCCAAAUAUCACCCUAGAACACCCGUAUAACUGUGCGAAAUAUUAUGUCUGUGAUUCUAAAAAUCCCAUCGGAACUAUGGCACGGAUCAAGGAAUGCGACUUUCCGUACUUAUUCAAUCCUAGAUCAGGACGAUGUGAACACUACAGUAUCAUAAAAUGCGGACAACGAUAUGAACCCAAAAACCGAUGUGAAUAUGAUAAAUACCUGUGCGAGCAUGCGCAUUGUCCACCUUGUUUUCUACGGUAUCCAAGUUGUUAUGGACUUCGCGAAGGUUUGAACCCCUGGCCAGGCAAGGAGGGUACCCCGUAUUUCCUGGUGUGCAGAGAUGGACGAGUUCGCUUCAGUGGAACAUGUCCAGACACACCAAUGUCACAUCAAAUAUUUGAUCCAUCUAGAAAUAUGUGUGUAGAACAUCGUCAGUAUCGGCGUCAUCGGAAAGAUCACGGUGAUUGAGAAAACCAUUGUGCGACUAGACCUUUCUUUACAGUGUAUACACUUUCAUUUACUUUGUUUUUGUAAAAUGUGAUUGUUUGAAAUACGAGAAACUCAUUUUUGAUCAUCUCUGUCAGUAAUUGGUAGAGUUAUUUAACUACUCCACUGAUGUAUGGGAAUGGCGAUGUCACCCUCCCUGUCCCCUCCUACUCAGUGAACCUCUCUCUGUUGCCCUUCUAAUCCAUAAUUCCAUUCCCCGCCCCUCCUGCUUACUCUGCCCGCUCCUAAUGUGUCAUUUUAUUCAGCGCUAUCAAAUUUACACUUACAUUGAACAUUUCAAGCUGAAACAGACCAAUAUUUUGCACUGCAAAAUACAGUAUCUCUAUGAAACAUGAAAUUGGUUUAUUCAUUUUAAAAGAUCAUAAAAAAAAAAUGAUAUUUCCCUUCGGCGAGUUUGAAAAACAACGUUUUAUUCUUUUAAUCUAAAUAUCAGCUUGAUGAAUGAUGUUUGUAUACGGGAACAGGAAUCGAUCUGUAAUUCUGUGAUUUAUAUGUUGCAGAAUAAGGAAUUUGAAAGCUUAAAUCCCAUUUCUCUCAUUAGACUCCUCUGUUCAAUCUCGUGUCAAUACAUUGUUCCUUGCUGUUUGGUUCAUUUUACGACAUCUCUACCUAGCUUGGUUCAGUGAUAUAUCACGUCUCCUCGUAAGAUAGACAGGUUGUACAAUAAUAACCCGCUGAAUAAAUGAAAAUGCAGAGAAAAUGAACAACGAAAAUCGGUAAACAAUUUGUUAACAUUUUGUGUCAAUGUUCGUUAUCCUUACCUUUCAUAUUAUAGAAAUGUGCAGUGUUUUUUUUAAUUCAAGAAAUAUAUUUAAUUAUCUAUCCUUUUUGCAUUUUAUAUAAUAUAUAUACAUUGAUGUAUGUAUGAAAUCCUUUCUGCAAUAAAAUUAUAAACCUUA